UCACUUGGUUUGGAAUAAAUUCAUUGUUUGUGAAGUCUGUAUACAUCAUACAUGAUCAAGAUGUAUAUUAGAUCGUCCUGUUUGUGUUUUAUUUUACUAUAUGUUUUUACAAUUUCUUGUGCAGGUGCACAUGCACAAGAAACACAAGAGGCAAAAUGUGACGCCCUAGAGGACACAUUCUUAAUUAGGAGGCUGACAAAGAAGAUUAUCAAUCCAACUGAAAAAUGUAUACCUGGAAACUGCUUAUGCGAGGAAGAGAAGCCAUAUUGUACAAAUAACGGAGACGAUGAUUUUUCAUCACGAGGCCCAUCACAAAUUGUCAGAACGUUCUACUACCUCAUGAUCUUUGGAUUCUCCUCCAUAAUAUUCCUGCAAUACUACACGAAGAUAAGGGAGCCCUGGUGUGAAGAUGCGGCCUGGCAGGAAGAUUACAAGUUGAAAUUUUCACUAGCAAGUGUUUGCGCAUGGAAUCUAGUGACGGAGGGUAUUCUCUUCUUUAUACCCAAAACUACGGCGGAGCUGGUGGUUAUUAUACGGAGAUGCAUGAACAGUACUUUUUACAUGAUGAUCGCCUGUCUCUGUUACGAUUUCUUGUGCGAGAUUAGAGAUCCGGAUAUUACGAAGAGACCGCAUAUAAUUCUUCAUCCUUUACCUGGUACGCCUAUCAUCUCCAUUAACAUAGCAAUAAACCUCUUGAUGAUAGGCUGGUUGGCAGCCAUCAUUAAUAUACACAAGGAUAUUCUAACGUGUGAGGACGAAUUGAGGGCAAAAAGAGCCGAGAAACGCAGGGAAGCCAAGGAAAAGGCUCGACGCAGAGCGGAGAAGAGAGAGGCUCGUGCCAACGCUCCUCCAUGGCAGUUCAUGCCAAAUCCAGAACGCGAGCUGGCGCCCAGAGGAGGCCUGCAUAGACGCAAAAGAAGGCGGUAAACUAAU